AUGUUAGCGGCAACUAUUCUGAUAUUGUAAGUUUUAGUAGUUAUUGAAACUUCCUUCCAGCAACUUUUUAUUUUCAGCUUACUAUUUUAUUCAACAAAUUGCAUGAAUCAACCAAAUAUCAGUUAUAUUCUUUCACAGGUUCGGAAAUAUUCUAACGACUAAAAAUUGAUUUGUAAUUAUUCUAGAUUAAUCACAUGCCACCACGAAAUCUGAGCGAAGGACCGCUUGAGGUUAAAUUAGGAAUGUAUCUAGAAAGUUUGGGAAAUUUUCGAUCUACCGAAAUGUCAUUUGAUGUUGAUUUAUAUGUUUAUAUGUCUUGGCGAGAUGAACGACUUCGACAUAAUGAGCAAGACUAUAUUUUAAUUAAUGACGAACACAUUCGUAAACAGAUUUGGUAAGAAAUAAUCAGAAAAAUUAUAUUAUUUAUUGUAUACAGGCUUCCCGAUUUAUAUUUUGCCAAUGCUCGUCAAGCUCAUUUUCAAGAAGUCACAGUUCCAAAUUUCAACUUAUUUGUGGCAAGAGACGGCACAGUUGCAUAUUCGUUACGGUGUACUUUAACAGUUGCAUGUAGUUUGAAUCUUCGAUUUUAUCCAAUGGAUCAACAAGUUUGUUCAAUUCGAGUUCUUAGUUGUAAGUUUUUCGAAUUUGAUUUAUUUUCCAUCUGAAAAUUUUAAAAUUUAUAGAUGCUUAUAUUGCUAAACAAGUUAAUGUAACUUGGUUUGACACAAAUCCAAUUCGCUACAAUGAAGAGAUAGGGUUGCCUGAGUUCCACAUUGAACAUGUUUCCAAAGGAUAUUGCGAUGGGUUUUAUCAAUAUGCUUUAACUGCAAACUCCCAUAAAUCAGGUUUGAUUUUUUUCGAAACAAAGAUUAUAAAAUGUAUUGUUGAUUUUCAGAUAACUUCAGUUGCCUUACUGGUAAUAUGUUUUUGAGUAGAUCAAUUGGUUAUAAUUUAGUGCAAUCGUAUAUACCAACAGGAUUAAUUGUGAUGAUUUCAUGGGUUUCAUUUUGGAUUGAUAGACGAGCAGUUCCAGCAAGAGUUACGCUAAGUUUUACAACAUUGGUUUCAUUAACAACACUUGGAAAUGGUCUACGUUUUGGUUUGCCACAAGUUAGUUAUGCAAAAGCAAUCGACUUAUGGUAUGGAGGUAAUUUUUUUCUUUUUUCUUUUUUCUUGAUGCUUCAUAAAUCAUAUAGGAUUAUGUAGUCACAAAAGUUCAACUUUUACAGCUUGUAUGUUCUUUGUUUUCUUGGCUCUUCUGGAAUUUGCGACAAUAAAUAGUUACAUGAGAAAAUCGGAAAAAUUCGAUAGUAUGGCGAAAAAAAUGCAGAGUGUAGUUUUAACGGGAAGGAGUAAGUUUACUUCUAGUGAGAUGUUUUUUAUCCCUUUUCCUGGCAUGCUCUUUUUCUAUCCUCUUUGCACAAUAUUUUACAGAUUUUACACACACACGAACCAGUUUUUCACGUAAAUUAGUUGUUGCACUUUUUAGUUUAUAUUUUUUAUUCAAUUUUUGAAAUUUUGAAAACAAAAUUAUGAGUAAGAGAGAGAGCAUUACAGCAAAGGAAUAUUUGGUUCGCAGCAUCAAAGAAAGUUGGAGAAUUGCAGGAGGUGCAGCUGGAAAUGUUAUUGAUACAACAAAUGUGGAAAAAGCUGAUGAUUGGUGCACAUAUUCGACAGAAAAUGGACGUAAGACUACAAGAUUAGGAAAACUUGUCGAUUUGUUAAAUGGGGUGGAAAACGCUGGAUAUAGAGGUCUUGUUAGAAUGUGGAUUUGAUAUAGCACUCUAACAAACAAACCGCUUUUCUGUUAAAAAUGUGUCAUUUACUAACCAUGGUGUAUUCAGUUUCAUUUGAAAUUAUUAUCGUUAUACUAACCUAACCAUUCUCCACUAACAACUAUUAAUUAUAAAAAAAUACUUGAAUUUUAAGUUCAGAAAUUUUCCCGCGACAUAUCGCAUUAACAGUUGCUUUUCUUAAUAUAAUUUAUGGGCUGUUAGCUAAAUUUGCCUGUCACAUAUUUAUCUAAUUUUGUGGAAGUUUUAGGCUCAGCUUAAUGUAAAACACCCGACAGGAUUUUGUCUAUUUCAUUUUUGAAUUCAAAUCAUAGCCAUAUUGUUUACUUCAAAACGCGAAUUACGUAAAAGUGUCGAACACCUGAUAUCUCAACGUGUUCCAUUGUUUUUGUUGAUACUUUUAAAAUGUUAAUCCAAUUUCAUGUGACUUCACAACUUUCUAACAUCAUCAAAUAAACAAUACGUUGUCGUACUAAUCUUUUCCUAGAAUAUCAACAGCCAUUUCUAUAUAUUGUGUUUUAAUUAAAGCGCUUUAACAUAAGCUUAAAUGUCAUGUCUUGAUCAUUCUCUGAUUUCACAAUAUAAUAUAGUUUGGCAUUAACGAAAUCAUGAUCAGUUAAUAAGAAUAUUAAUAAGAGUAUUAAUAAAAACUUAUACAAAUGUGUGAUAUUUUUGUUAAUCUCCAAUUACAUUUUGUAAUGUUUUCUUCAGGAUUAAAAUCGAAGAGCCCACGCAGUUAUGGAAAACCUGAUACUGUUCAAGACAUUCUCAGUGAACGCAUCAAAUUCAUUGACCACGAUUUCGAUUAUGACGCAAAAGAUGAAGAUGGUAAGAGUUGCUUUCUUCUACCAUUUCAUUUUCACUGUUCCAACCUUUUUUGUCGUGAAAUACUAGUUGUUUGAAUUCAGCUUUUUCAAAUGAUAUUAUAUAAAAAUCUGAUUGUUCAGAGUGCAAAUAAUGAGAACCCCUUCAAUAAAAUCUUAUUAAUCAGAAAUUAAUUUCAAGAUUUUUUUUAGUCCAACCAAUUACGGAUUAAAGGUUUCAUAUUUAUUAAUAUCUGAAAUGACGCGGAAAUGAAAUGAGAAAUUUUUGAGUGACAAAAAUAAAACUAUUCCAGGAAUGGCAAUGUCAAUCUAUGAUAAUGUUUCUUGUCGGAAAGAUGAGAUGGAUACUAGUUCAGGUGGGAAGAAAAUCGUAUAGUACCCGGGAUAUAUUUCAAUUUUCAGAAGAAACCAGAUUUGGAGCUCGUGCACAUGCUAAUGGAAUUCAUAAAAAAUAUAUUGAUAAAAGUUUGAACAACCAAAGUAGCCAGAAUGAUGGUUUGAUCGCGGCAACUUACUUCCAGGUAUUAAAAAACAUUUGCAUUAAAAAUUGUAUUCAACCGAACAAAAUAGCUAAUCCCUAUUCCUUUAUUAAUUGUAUUUUCCAGAUUUCGGCUAAUCACUCACGUCAGGCAUUGAAUAUUGACAAGACUUGCCGAUAUCUAUUUCCGUUGACAUUUUUGGCUUGGAAUCUCUUCUAUUGGUGGUAUUAUUUGGUUUAUACCAAACAACCAAUUGAUAAGAGAUUAUAA